UGGCAGUGAAUGGUUGGGACUGUAAAGUGCCACAGAAACUGGGAGAUGCACGGAAUCAGCAAGAAGCUCUUUCACUGUUUCUUCUUCUUCUACAGAAAGCUUUGAAGAGUUUUUAGCAGUAUUCAUUCUCUCUAUUUAUUACUAUUUAUAAAUUUUAAAAAAAUGGCGACGCCGUUUCUGGCUGGGCUAGCAAUAGCAGCAGCAGCACUGGCAGGGAAAUACGGGGUCCAGGCAUGGCAAUCAUUUAAAGCAAGACCACCAAAGCCUAGAAUACGCAAAUUUUAUGAUGGAGGGUUUCAGCCUAAAAUGACGAGAAGAGAAGCUGCUCUUAUUCUUGGCAUUAGAGAAAAUGCUGGAGCAGAGAAGGUGAAGGAAGCACAUAGAAGAGUGAUGGUAGCAAACCAUCCUGAUGCGGGUGGUAGCCACUACCUUGCUUCAAAAAUCAACGAGGCUAAAGACGUGAUGCUUGGCAAGACAAAGGAUGGCGGAUCUGCAUUCUGAUCUUUCUUCAACAUGCCCUGCUGCUUGCUCGCUGCCUGCUGCUCAUAACACUGAAUAUAGGGUUUCUUUUCUUUUCUUUUCUUUUCAAAGCACAAGAAACUGUGAGUCGCUACAAUGUGUGCUCUUCUUGCCUCUUCACUAGCCAUUUACUACUGUGGCUAGGAGUUCAAUAGCUGCAAGUCCUUCAGCGACGAGAUUUGUUGCUGCAGUUCUUGGUGAUGAUGACGAUUAAAAUGUGUAUUCAGACAUCUGUUACUUUUAUUAGUUAUCUUUGAGAGUCCAACCUGAA